GAAAAAUAACUGAUGAAAUUCCCCAUUAGAACGAGGUCCAUUUGCUAUGGAAGCCAAUUGAGAAUUUCAUUUACGUCUUGAAUACUCUAGCAAAUCAGAUUCUGCAAAAAAAAUCAUACAAGAAAAACACGUUGAAAGUUCGUCGGAAUCUAUAAUUCCGGCAGGCUGCAUAGAGCCUUGCUCCUUCCUCCGCCGUCCGCUGCUGGAAUUCUAUUCGUUUUCACUGAAUUUCAAUCUGGGGUUUCUGUUUUUAGCUUGUUGGGCCUCUUUUCUUGAAUCUUGAAUAUCCCUUUUGGGGUAAAGAUCGAACUUUUAUUCGAAAAUUUGAUCUGGGGUGGCGGAAAGAAUCAUGGAGGAUAGCAGGUUGUGCCAGUGGAGCGUAAUUCGAUCUAUAUUGGCUAUUGUUCAAUGGUGGGGUUUCAAUGUCACUGUUAUUAUCAUGAAUAAAUGGAUCUUUCAGAAGCUGGACUUCAAGUUUCCAUUAACUGUAUCGUGCAUUCAUUUUAUUUCUUCGGCAAUUGGCGCAUAUUUGGUAAUUAAAGUGCUAAAACUUAAGCCUCUUAUUCAAGUUGAACCCGAUGAUCGCUGGAGGAGAAUUUUUCCAAUGUCGUUUAUAUUUUGCAUAAACAUAGUUUUGGGAAAUGUGAGCCUUCGGUAUAUUCCUGUUUCCUUCAUGCAAACGAUCAAGUCUUUCACCCCUGCCACCACAGUCAUCUUGCAGUGGCUAAUCUGGAAAAAGUACUUUGACUGGCGAAUUUGGGCCUCUCUGGUUCCGAUUGUUGGAGGGAUUCUGCUCUCGUCAGUCACGGAGCUGAGUUUUAACAUGCUAGGAUUUUUUGCUGCUUUAUUUGGUUGCGUUGCUACGUCUACAAAAACCAUUCUUGCUGAGUCUCUAUUGCAUGGGUACAAAUUUGACAGCAUAAACACAGUAUACUACAUGGCUCCUUUUGCAACUAUGAUAUUGGCUGUGCCAGCCAUGGUGCUCGAAGGGCCAGGGGUUACGGAGUGGCUUCUCACGUGCCCCUCUCUCUUUUCGUCCCUCUUCAUCAUUUUUGGGUCUGGAGUGACGGCCUUUUGCCUCAACUUCUCGAUUUUUUAUGUCAUUCACUCCACGACUGCUGUGACCUUCAACGUUGCAGGAAAUCUUAAGGUUGCAGUUGCGUUUACAUGCUCCUGGCUCAUCUUCCGGAAUCCAAUCUCUGUCAUGAACGCCAUCGGAUGUGGGGUGACACUAGUCGGGUGCACCUUCUAUGGGUACGUGAGGCAGAUGCUCGCAAACCAAGCCCCUGGAGCACCAGCUGCCCCUCGUACUCCACGAAGCAAAGCAGAGUUGCUCCCAUUGGUAAGUGACAAACUGGAUGACAAAGUAUAACUCUUGCUCAUACCUCCUAUUUUAACCGAGCAUAUAUACAUAUUACAGCCUUAUUUAUUUUAACCAAUGCUGAUCGAUGAAUUUUAGUCUCGUACGGAAAAGGCUAAUGUAAGAAAACCACAAUUCUAAUAGCACACAUGUUUUUGGUAAUGAGAAGAGUCUAUUUGUGUU